UUGGGUUUGUUUGUCUUUUCCAGUGCAAACCGCCCAGAGGAGAAGAUGGAUUGGAGCACACUGCAGAGUAUCCUGGGGGGUGUCAACAAACACUCCACCAGUAUUGGAAAGAUCUGGCUCACUGUGCUCUUCAUUUUUCGCAUUAUGAUCCUCGUGGUGGCCGCAAAGGAGGUGUGGGGAGACGAGCAAGCGGAUUUCAUCUGCAACACCCUGCAGCCCGGCUGCAAAAACGUGUGCUACGACCACUACUUUCCCAUCUCCCACAUCCGGCUGUGGGCCCUGCAGCUGAUCUUCGUGUCCACGCCGGCGCUGCUGGUGGCCAUGCACGUGGCCUACUACAGACACGAGAAGAAAAGGAAGUUCAUCAAGGGGGAGAUAAAGAGUGAAUUUAAGGACAUCGAAGAGAUCAAAAGCCAGAAAGUGCGUAUCGAAGGGUCCCUGUGGUGGACCUACACCAGCAGCAUCUUCUUCCGCGUCGUCUUCGAAGCUGUCUUCAUGUAUGUCUUCUACAUUAUGUACGACGGCUUCUCCAUGCAGCGUCUGGUGAAGUGUAACGCCUGGCCUUGUCCCAAUACGGUGGACUGCUUUGUUUCUAGGCCCACGGAGAAGACUGUCUUCACGGUGUUCAUGAUCGCAGUGUCUGGAAUUUGCAUACUGCUAAAUGUCACUGAAUUGUGUUAUUUGCUAAUUAGAUAUUGUUCUGGGAAGUCCAAAAAACCAGUUUAACACUUUGUCUCACUGUUAGAUGAAAGAUAGACAGCAUGAAAG